AUGUAUUCUUGUGAGGACAAAGUAGCUCUAAUGUUUUUGCUGUAUAGUGAAGUGUACAAUCCUUCGAUUUGGAAUUAGUUUUUUAAGGAUGCAGAUUCAAAAAAGUAUAACAUCUACUAUCAUCAAAAAGAUGAGGAAAAGGGUGAAUUUAAUUUGAAGUACAUCCCUUCUUAUAGAAAGAAAAAGAUAGAUUAUGUUCCUUCAGUUUGGGGUGGUAUAGGGAUAGUAUAAAUAUAGAAUGACUUAUUGUCUGAAGCAUUGAAAGAUAAGACUAAUCAGAGAUUUAUAUUUGUCAGUUAAGGUUGCAUUCCCCUUUACAAUUUCAAUGAAAUCUAUUAGAGAGCUAUGAACACCUAAAAAUCUAUAAUAAAAUUUGACUCCCUAAAUGAAACUUUUCCCAAAUAUGAAUUUUUGAAGCCUAUAAUCAAGGAGAAAAAUAUUUAAAAGCACUAGUAGUGGAUGCUAUUAACACGUAAACACGCUUAAAUGAUAAUAGAACACACUGAUACCAUAAAUAGGAUCCUCUAGAAUGCACCUACACUUUAAGAAUAAUGGAUUCCAGAUGAAGUUGUCUAUGGAUCAUUGAUGAAAUCUAAGAACUAAGAAGAUGAUAUCUUAGAUAGGUGUGUAACUUAUGCAAAGUUUUCUGAAGAGGAAAUCACAAUAUUCAACAGCAUUGAAAGAUCACAAGUGGAUGAAGCAAGAGAAAUAGGUUGUUUAUUUUUUAGGAGAACUCUGCCUGAUAAUACUUUUACAUUUGAUGGAGAUUCAUUAGAAUAUAUACUUGGGAAGACAAAAGAUAGAGUCAAGGAGAAAUAAGACUUUUGA